AUACUCCACCCAUGGAUCUGAUAUAAGUACUGCUGUCUGGAAGUGUGACACUCAGUUGAAGACUGCUUUCAGGACAACACCGAAUACACUAGACUGCACAGUUGGAUGCAUUACCAGUCUACGCUCAAUUAAAAAAUAAAAACAUGGCCGAUAGCAAAGAGGUUGUCAUCAGUGACUCCACAUUGAGUCCAGAGUUCAUCCAGGAGCUUCUCCCGUCUGCGGAGCGAACGGCUCUCCUCUAUCAUCUGUCAUUCUUGUGUCUGGGAGGCUUCCCAAAGCUGGAGCGUAUGAUCAGAGACCAAGCUAUUGAAACACAAAUGCUGUUCGGAUCCUCUGAGGCUGUUCUGCUGAAGUGUGCCGGUACGAGUUCCAACCUGGUCACCUCGCUGUUCCCAAUACUGAUAAAAGCUGUUGAGAAGAACAAACCCAUACUGGCUGUGCUCUACCUGGAGAAAGCCAGAACAUGGAUCGAGGACAUCAUCAGAGCCGUGGAUGACAUGGUGACGAGGUAUGAUAAACAAUCCCAAAAUGUGAAAACAUGCACCAGUGAUGUGUAUCAAGAACAGAACCAGACUGAAGAAAAACUAAUGAAACAGACUGUCGAGAUGAAGGCUCUGGAGGAUUCUUUGGUCAAGCUUAAAGUGGAGCUGGAAAAAAAUGACAGCGAUAUGGCAGAAAUUGACAAAAAAAAUGAAAAAAGCACCCAAGAGCUGCAGGAUCUGAUCAAAAAAAAUGAAAAAUACAGUCAUUUUUUUUUAUGGGCCUUGUUCGGUUUUGGUCGACCCUAUAAUGAUGCUGCUAUUUGUGCUAAACAAGCCGAACUGGACCGUCUUGUCCAUGAAAAGGACAGUCUGCGAAACCAAAGGUGGAACAUCAAAAUCAAACAGACUGAUCUUCAGCUGAAGUUGGCCAACUGCAAAAUACAACAGGGUGUAAUUCCCAGUCCUGUCCACCUGAAGGAAGUCCAGAGAUGUCUUGAUCAAAUCCGACAAAUUCUGGUUGAUCUUAAAAAGUUCUGGGAGAAAGUGGGUGUUACGCUGGGCACACUGAAAGACAAGACCUUUGCUGGGGAUGUACUGAUUGAAGAGCUGGAAGACCUGAAGGAGGAGUUUCUGAACUCCAUUGAAGAUGCAAAACAGUACUGGAAGAGAUUUGGUGAAUGCUGUCAGAGAGCACAGGGCAUCUUCAGCGUUCAGUCUAAGGACGCAUAUAAAUUCCUGGAGAUCAACCCGUCUUCACUCUCAGAGGCUGAAAGGAUUGAGCAGUACACGUCUAUCAUGAAAAAGCUGAAUCAGAUCAAUCCUGAUGGCUCGACCAGAGCCGCCAUCACUGCAUAACAGACAGAGAUCUGAUGCUUCUUUCACACUUUAAAUACUCUUUAUAAGGCAUACACACAUUAAUGCACACAGCUUAUAUUGGCAUUUCUGUAACGCUUUGUAAUCUUUACAACUGUUCUUGCACAUGUUCAAUUACAGUUCAAAAGACAUUAAAGACAUUAAAUAUUUCA